AUGGCGGACGGUGGAUCUCAGACUGCCUUCGCCUCGGCAGCGGCCUGGGACAGUCACCGGGCCAUCAUCACAGACCUGUACCAAGCCAGGAACAUGCCCUUGACCCAGGUGAUGCAGUACAUGGAAUCUCGGCACGGUUUCAAAGCCACCAUGAAAAUGUAUAAAUACCGCAUCAAACAGUGGAACCUCCGCAAGAACCUUCGAGCUCAGGACGUCGAAGAGUUUGUCCGCUCCAAGAAGACGCCCGAGAUUCGGGGAGCCAAGGCCAGUCAGGAGCGGAUUGAAAAAUACCUCCGCCAGCGGGACAGGUUGACCAAAAAGCAUGACCAUGUGGCACAGCAUACGAGGAGCCCCCUGCACGACGGCCGGAAUCCAGGCGUCGCCUCAUCUACAGCACUGGCCGUUGCCGCCCAUAACAACACAGUCCGGAUCCUUAAGCCCCCCCUUUUUUCUCCACGUUCCCCAGAUGUCCUCAGGGCAUUGGAGGGAAGCAUCCAUGCAAUGCGAUCUUAUACUUCGGCACACUUUGAUACCAAAGCAUGGGUGCUUGACUCCCGGGGGGACCUGGAUGUGUCAAAGGAUCCCGCUUUAGAAUGGCACGGUACUUGGUACACAGUAAGACACCUCAUGGACGCCGGCAAGGCGAAGGAAGCUUUCCGUGUUGUGCAAAAGUCCAACCAAGUUUUCGAAAAAGUCCUGGCCAGCGACUCGCCUACCUUUUUUAGCUCUGCCUUCAUCGUGUUCCUGGGCCUCAGCGGAAGCUGGCCGGACCUAGCAGCCUCUGUAUUGCGAUACAUGCACUCACUUUCGCGAAUCAUCCUCAAGGACUCCGACCAUCCUAUGAUAGAGUUACUGUCCAAUAUCCGCAAAAUAGAAAUCGGGGAGCUUCCAAAAUAUGGGCGUACACUCACAAAUGGCUCUGUUGCUGUUAUUCAGGACUUCUUUCCAUUUCACAGCAAAAUUCAUGUCGAAGCAAUCAUCGACGCAGCACGGGACCUAUUUCAGCUUGGUAUCGUUGACGGUGACUCGGCAGUAUCGCAAAUCUUAGCAAUCAUUCGACAAUUAGAGGCCUCGGACGGCGUGGACCCCUACAGGAUUUUGUCAGCCAAAAGAGAACUUACCUAUGUUUAUCUAUGGAAGAAGGACUAUACCAGCGCAUUAAAAACGGUAUCGGAAAUCUUGUUGCCGAGUAAUAGGGAGGUGAUCAAGGGAAUGUUCACCGAACCGGUUUCCUAUAGGCUGUUGUUCCAAAUUCAUAAGGAGCUUGGAAACCGCCAAGAGGCGAUCACCGCUUGUAGGAAGGUAGUCGAGUUCUGCGUCGACCGGUAUGGCCUCGCGGACGACUUCACGAUUGAUAAUUUGUCUGCAUUCGAGAGCUAUUUGCGAGAGUGUGGAAAUAUCGAGGAGGCAGACCAAGUGAAGGAGACCCUUAAAGGCGCCAUGGAUGAACUAUGCAGUGGCAUAGAGGAGCUCGGGGUCGACUCACUAGACGAGGCUGCCUAG